GUUCAAAAAAUUGACGUCACGACCCGUUGCUAUUUUGAUACACGCCACAAACUGCUGCUUCGACGUGAACGGCUGGUUUCGAUAUCAGUUCAAUAGUCACUUUCAUCGAUGUUGGCAGAUGAUCGUGCACUAACUCAUACAUGCAGACACAUAUAUAUUUGGUUCAAUUUAAACCUCACUAUAUUUUCAGCAGCAAGUGCACAGCCAAACACCUUUGUUAUUUCAAUAUUUGUGUGUUAAGAUGUUGUGCAGUGUAGUGCAGUAUGAUAACAAUUUGAGUAAGCAUGUGCUUCAAAUUGUCAAUGUAUGAAAAUUGAGUGAAUUGCAACAAAUGAUAAAGUGUGCGGCUCAACAUAUUGCGGUAAUCGGGAUAAUGCUUUGUAGAAAUGUACAGCAUGUUUUAACAUUUGAGUAAGCGUGCGCCAAAUAUAAUUUGCCAUUGUAUCUAUGUGUAUACACCACACAUCAGUCUGUUAUGUGCUCUGUAAAUGUUAACGACUGUUAGGAGUGCUCUGUCUUUAACAUUCAUUGCAUGUUAAAAUUAAAUGUUAAUGUGUGAGCCGGCAAUGAUUUUAUAGCCGGCCAAGUGAAAAUUAAAAUUGUUUUGAUAAAAACAUAAAAAAGUAUACCGAAGCCGAACCUGUUUGUUAAUAGUCAAAGACAAAAGUAUGUACAUAAGUUGUUGACACUUCUUUAACUGUGUAGUUAAUAUCCUGUACAUUACAAAUGUAGGCGAGGCGUGGCUGCGAUCCUACCACAGGAAUGUGUGUAGUUUUGCAGAUAUAUAUGUAUUUUAUGUACGAAAAUGUAUGUGCACUGAAUUAUUGAAUGACAUUCUAAACAGUUUCAAGUUUUACACGCAUUCGAAUUUUUCACCGAAUGUACAAAUAAAUUGGAAAAUAUUACCUUAAUAUUACAUACACAUUUUAGUAAGGAAAGUUGGUGGGGUUUCGACGUAGAGAAAGAAAAGCUAAGAGAGGUUAUAGGGUGAGUGACACAAGGUUUAGUGUAAGUUAGGGGUUGAUACGAGAGAAAGAGAGAACGCCGAUAAAUGUAUGUGCAUAUGGAUGUAUGUUUCUACGCAUAUACGGAAGCAACGCGGCUAAAACGACAAAAGUGUCGAAACUAUCAACGUCGAAAAAGAAAACCAACUACUCCCGGAAGAUUUGCCAAAUGCAAAUGCCAAGAGUCAAGUGAGAGAUUCGCAUUAUUCGCAAUUAAUAUUGCGGGCUUUAAGUACUUACAUUAAUGCCUAUAAUGUAUAGGCUUUUCUGGCAUCGUGAAUUGACGCGUGCUGGGACUGGCUAACACUUACCAAUAGAAUCGGACUUUCUGAUAUAAUGCUGAUAAAAAGGCCCUAAUAUAUAAAACGAUAAAUAUAUAAGAGUUAUAGUACUACAGAAAUAUAUACCAUAUAUAAUGAGAUGUUUGAAGCACAAAUCGUACCGGAGACAAAUAUAUACAGCGAAGUGAGUUCCUCUACAAUAGCUUUGGCUUCGCUACCAAAAUCGCAAAUAUCGCCAUUUGCUAUCAAUAACAAAUCAUCUUCAGUAUCAUCUUCGAAUGCUUCCGGCGUUGAAAGUGGAAUUGUGAUUGUGGAUAAUAGUUCGGUGCCGUUGUCGGCAUUCACAGAUCCAGAAAUCGUAUCGGAAGACAAUACGUAUCAAUUACAGAAACAAUCAGAGUCAACGUCAUUUAUUGCUAACAGAUGCUCACUUAUAAUGUCUAGUCAUGCCGCUGUAAAUGCUACUACUCCAAAAAUGCUUAAUGAUAUUAGUAUGACAGAUUCAAUUCAUAAGAUCAAUCCGACUACCCAUACCCAAAUGAUUGAACAGCAUAAAGUGCAUACAAUCCCGCUAUCCGAAGACCCGCGCACAUUGCAAUUGGCAUUGGAAUUGUCUCUAGUUGGCUUGAAUGAGAACAAUCAAAACGGCUACGUCCAGCCAAUGCCCGCACAAAAUGACUAUGACAUGGGCUCCAUUAAUGUUGUAUCUGCCGCUUUCGCUAGGAGUGAGGUGGCAAUGCAUAAUCUGCCGCUACCACCGACGACCGGAUCUGGACUCUUAAUGACGUCCGCCGGGCUGGAAGACAGAUCAAAGAAGUCUCAAAAUAUGACCGAAUGUGUCCCAGUUCCCAGCUCAGAACACGUUGCUGAAAUCGUGGGACGCCAAGGGUGCAAAAUAAAAGCUUUGAGAGCGAAGACAAACACCUACAUCAAGACUCCAGUUCGAGGAGAGGAGCCCGUAUUUGUUGUAACAGGACGAAAAGAGGAUGUGAACAAGGCCAAACGGGAAAUACUUUCAGCUGCUGAUCACUUCAGCUUAAUUCGAGCAUCCCGAAAGCCCUCAAUUGAAGGAUCGAAUAGUGGACUAUCUGGAAAUGGUAAUUCAGGUUCAUUAAGCGUGGGCAUAAUUGCUCGUGCCCAGUCUGGGCCACCAUGUCUACCCGGGCAGAUCACAAUACAGGUGCGUGUACCCUAUAGAGUUGUGGGUCUAGUAGUUGGUCCCAAAGGUGCCACCAUAAAGCAUAUACAACAAGAAACACAAACAUACAUAGUCACACCGUCUCGCGAGAAGGAGCCCAUUUUCGAGGUAACCGGACUGCCAGAGAAUGUUGAGACAGCACGCAAGCAAAUCGAGGCUCACAUAGCACUUCGAACGGGCAAUAGUACCCAGGGCAGUGAGAAUGGUACUGAAUCAUUAGAAUCGAACGAGUUUGCCACUCUGCACACGAUUAAUACGCUCACUCAGAUACUAGGCGACGAUUUAAACACUAAUAUAUUGUCAUCGAUCUAUAAGAGCGAUAUUUCCCCCAAUGUUAAUUACGCAGAUAAUGCUCUUAAUGUUAUUGAAAAUAUCAACAUCUCCAAUUCGACAACAACAACAAAUGCUAUGAUGAAUGCCGUAUCGGUUCAUAAUUUAACAAAAUGUUUCCCUAAUUCUGAUCUAGUAGAUAUCGCUCCAAUUGUAAGCACAACCGACAAGAAUUUCGCGCUGGCUCUAUUAGGCACUGUUAAUGAGAUUAACGGUCAACCCUUGAAAAAAAAUAUGUUCCGCAAUACCAAUUCGAAUACCAAUGUCAAUGCCAAUACCAAUGUCAAUGCCAAUGCCAAUGUCAAUGGCAGCAAUAAAACUUUAUCCUUCUGUCCACCCACGUCCGUAUCAUCAGGCUCUGCCUCUGCCCAGUGCCAUUCGAUCUCUGCCAACAUAUUGACGCGCUCAUGCUCAUCAGCCUCCUCAACAGCAUCAACCAAAAGCACGAACAAUAGCGCCAAUAGUACUAACAGCGUUAAUACUCCCCCAGAGCUGUUGAAUAUAUGGAAGAAUUUGAAUGAUUCCAUUGACGUUGAUGAGGGUAUUGGAGACUCUCCAAGCAUUUGGAAUCUGCCUUCAGCUACAACAGUCACGACGGCAUCCCAUUGCUCACCAACGGCUUCGGUUAGUCCAACGGACUCGCUUUUGGGUGAGCACUGCCUAAACAUAAGUCAAAAGGUAGGCAACACCUUCAAGGAACCAUGCCCAAAUAGUAGCCAUCUAUUGCAACACCAACGCACCACGGUCCAGACUAGCUCGGACAAAUUGCAUUCAUCGCAUCGCGAGUGUUUUGUGUGCAACGAGAGAGAAGUGACCACAGCUCUUGUUCCUUGUGGUCACAAUAUGUUUUGUAUGGACUGUGCAAACCAGAUCUGUGUCUCCAUGGAAUCAAUUUGUCCAAUAUGCCACUCUAUUGUGUACCAUGCCAUGCGUAUUUUAGCUUAAACCAAUCACAAAAAAUACUGAUAUUAUUUAUUAUUGGUUUAUGAAAUUAAAAUAAUCUUCAUUAUAUUAUAUUAAUAUUUAUAUACAUGCACAUGCCUAUUGACGAACAUUCUAUUCUGGUAUUCCCAGCAUAAAUCCAAUUUUCUUUUAUCUCGUCUAUAUUACAUUCGGUAACCUUAACCUAAUUUGUGGAUAAGUGAAAUUAGAAAUGUUAUAAAUAAGCCAAAGAAAGCAAAUAACCCUUAAUUGAACAAAAAUUAAAUCAAUAUUAAUCAGGUUUCUUCGAGGUACCGAAGAUUUAAUACCCUUAGAGACGUACAGCGUAACGAUCUGACGAUCUGAUCUGACACAAAGAACUCAAUUUUCGACCAAAUAUGGAUUUGGUAGCUAUAUAGUAUGAUACUUAUGACAGUUUGAUAUCGAUAAAACAAUUACAAAUUAUUCAAAACCAACAGCAACUUGUUUAUAUCAUAUAAACACAGUAUUCGAAUGAUUUUUUCUAAGGCAUCUAUUUAACAGUGCGUCAGAACUGAGAGACACACUGACGGGCUGAGAGAUUCCACUUCUGAUAAUAAUUAAUAUUAUACAUACUUUAGAUAGUUGAAGAGAUUAAACACAAUUAUUUCUUGUGUUUAAAUGAUUAAUGUCUUCACUAUAUUAUAAGUAUAAUAUAUUGUGUAGACUUCUUGAGAAUCGAGGAGGAGAGUACUUGAUAGAAAUUCGAUUUAUUUAAAUUUUCAGUACAGCGUCAAAUAAGCUUAGCCUGCGUGUGGUAUUAGAAAACAACAUAUACAAACACACACCCAUACACGCACCCAUGCAUAUGUAUGUAUGUAUGUAUAUAUGUAUGUAU